AUUAAUGCAAAUAGAAUUUUUUAAAAUUUUAAUUGGUGGCACUUUGUGGGAUUCAUUAAAUGUUAUUUUCUAGUAUUUGUUUUCCAAGGGCUCCUUUACAUUUCAAAUCUCCUGUUUAGAUCGUGGAUUUAUAGUGCAUUGCCUUGCAAAUGGUCACUCUGACCAAUGCUGAAGGAAUCUUCACUCCUUGAAUUAUUUAGUUUACAUAUGACUCGGUGAAAAAUGAAUAUGUUUAUAUGUAAUAUUUAUACAAGAUAACCUGGUUUGAAUUUUAGAUAUUCAAGGGUGCUGUCUAUAGGUAUAGAUAAGAGUGGACCUAGCUACCCCAAACCUUAUUUGAGGUUUUUAAUUAGCUUACAACUCACCCUGCCAUUUACAUCCUUUAGAUGCUUUAUGCCUUUUUGGAAUUUACUUGUACUUUGUUACAUCUUUCACUAGAACUUGUCAUGUCUACCAGCUGGUUUAUAAAUCAGCUUCCCAUCACACUAUCCCCCCCUAUGUUUGCUGUUUUAGAUGAUAGUUGUAUGUUAUCAAAAUCGUGCAUGGGUACUUUCAUACUUAACUUUGUGAACUGGAAACUCUCCUUCCUAAGUGAUAAGUUGUGCUUCACACAUUCCACUUGCAUUACAAGAUAGCAGAGUGGACCGUUGUAUGCCAUGCCAAGUUAUACAUACAUGCAUGCAUGUCUGUGUUUGCAUAGAUGGAUUUUGGAGUGUGUGCUUGCAUUGCAUUUCUCUAUAAUACGGAUGCGUAUGUCAAAUACCGAUAUAAAAUUGAUGUAAGCCUAUACAAACAAGAUUUGUAGGAUUUAUGUUAGGCAUUGGUCAUGCAGUGCCUCAUGUUGCAUGUGCGGACGCACUGACAGCACAUGCACUCUGGUGGCUCCUAUACUCUUGCAACUUACUUUUAGGCAAAUAUAUUUGGAAUGUAAGCCUGACCAAAACUAUGCCUAUAAUGAGACACAAUUUUCUGAUUUGGUAUUUUUGAAUGGUUUUUUUUUUUAUAUUACUUCUAUAAAUAAAAUCACACGCACAUUUGUCAUAGUAGUGCUUGUGCACCACCUCUGACUGUAGGCUGCAAAUAUCUAUGAUGCUGUGUUUCUUAUGUAAAUUAUAUUUUUAGAUCAUGAAAAAUUACUAGUUAAAUUAAGGUAGAAAAAUAGGUAAAUAUAGCCUGCAAUGUAUUAUACUGAAUUGGGUCGUUGGCUUUCUCUUUGUGAUUAUUUGCCCAGUUUUUUGUGCCAGCACAAAUCUAAAUUAAAAGCUAAAAGAUAAACACCUCUUCCAAGAAAAUGAGAAUCAGUUCAUAAAUUACGGUGUUGGCAUCACUUAAAGAUAAUACAACCAGAAACAUUGUACGAAUACUUUGUAUUGUUUUAUUCCUAUCAUCAUUGUAUGAGAAUUCACUUAAAUUGCACCUCCUUGAGUGAAUGAUCUCUGAACUUUUCAGAUAUUAUUGAUGAACUAGUAAAGAAUGGUAAAGAGAUAGAGGCAGUGUACUUUGCCAUGGAGGCUGGCUUGACAGAAAGAUUUUCUCCUGUUUCUCUGCUCAAGUCCUAUCUCAGGAACUCCAAAAAGAAUGCGGCCACCAUACUGAAGAAUGAAAAUUAUAGUGCAGCUGCAACGCAGGAGGAGUCGAACAAUGUGGAGCUGAAUUCAAUCAAAGCCAUCAUCAAAUGUGUUGAAGACCAUAAGCUUGAGUCAGAAUUCUCUGUUGAUAGCUUAAGAAAGCGAGCCACUCAGCUGGAGAAAGUCAAGGCAGAUAGGAAAAAGAGUUCAUCAGCCACUGGAAAGCCUCAAAAUAAGCGAGGCCAUAAUGCUGGUAGUAGCCGGGGCAGUGGACCUUCUGCUUUCCGUCCGGCUAAAGCCGCUAAAUUUUCAAAUUCUUAUGCCCCUUUCAGUCGUAGAAACCCAGCUUCCUCUGCACAGCAUAGUCCAGCUGCACGAUAUUCUGGACCAUAUAACUAUGCUGGCCAGAAUGUUUUUGAGGGUCCUACUGCGCCAUAUGCAUCAGCAUAUGGUGUGGCCCACUCUCAAAGUCCUGCUGCAGUUACUCAACAACACUACCCACACGCCGUGGAUAAUAUGGGUGCUGCUGGUUAUCGGAACAGCGGUGCUUUUGGGGUUCAAACUAGUUAUGGGGCAUAUGAUUAUGGCUCUGCUCCGCCAUCUGCAUACCAACCUUCAUCAUAUACCCAAUAGUGUGGAAGCGGCAACCUGGCGACCGGGAAAUUUUUGUGUAAUCCCCUGUAGGUGUCCUUGUAUUGAGAAGCCUUUCUUUUUCUUGUAAUCCCUUUUUUAUUUUUAAUAAAUAAUCAUCUUUUCUCA